AUGUCAAACCUUAUUAUGAAUGUAAUCAUGGCAGCCCUAUUGCCUCCUGUGUGUGUCUACCUAUUGAAAGGUUGGGGCACUGACGUCAUUAUAGAUAUUAUUUUGACAAUAUUAGGUUUCUUCCCAGGUGUACUAUAUGCAUUAUAUUGGGUGUUUUAUUCCCCUAUACCUAUAAAGGCUAAGAACCACCAUACGGGUUGA